CCCAGUCCCUGCGAGGCGUCAAAGGAAGUGAUGCGUGACGUAUCUCCUCCUCCAGCGCGACACGCCCAGCUCAGGAAAGCGCCUUUUUAACGUCCUGGGAUCGAUUAAGAUAUGACAUCUUUAAGUGGAAAAUCUGAUAAGGAGAUCAGUCAGCUGCUGGAUGAAUAUGGCAUUAAACAUGGACCCAUAGUAGAAUCCACACGGAAGCUCUAUGAAAAGAAACUGAUUGAAGCCAUGACCAAAAAAGCUAAGCCUUCCCCGUCUGACAAGACAUACUACCGAGAAGAACAGGAGGAAGUGGAAUAUAUUACCUAUCAGCCCCCACAACUGAGCAUGUAUGAUGGAUCUGGUGAUGUCACAAGGAGGUCAAAGGUCAUCGGUGGCAAUUUUGCCCAUGACAUACCGAGGUCUAAGCUGACUGAUUACAGAGAUGGAGACCUAGGCUAUAACAAUGAGCCCAUGAUCAGCCCAGCUCGCUCGUCCUAUCAGAGCUCUUCUCGGCCCGGUCCGUCAGUCUCCGCAUCCAUGCAGCGUGGUCCGUCCAGUCCAGAGAGCAGCAGAUCUGGAGGGGUCCCGGGCUGGCUUCGUGUCCUGGUGUUUCUUAUCAUUGCUGUGUUUCUUUAUUACGUGUACACGUGUAUGGAGCCUGCAGAGGAGACCCCCUUUAAAAGCAUUAAGUAGAGGAAUAGUGAGAUGUUUUAAAUAUGUUCAUCAGCCCCAAACUAAACUGAUUCAGUACAAAACAACAAAAUAUAGCCAGGAUUAAGAGCAAAUAAUAUUCUGUUUGAGUACAGAUUGUGAGGUUUAGUACCAUUUGUCGUACAUCCAUAAACUUGUGCAUAAUGUGUAAAGUUUUUUCCAAAUACUUUGUGGAUUUUUAACCGAUACAGGAAGACUAUCUAUAUUAAGAAAUUUCAGAUUUUUUUUUUAUCAUUGGGGCAUUCAAGUGUCUUCAUAAACUUAUUUUCUCAUGAAUUGUAUGUCAAAUCCUUUUGCUGUGGCCGUGUAUUUAGGGCUUGUGUUCAUGUGGUAUUCUGUAGCACGCUAUUUGUCUUCAGUGUUUUUUAAAUAAAUUCUAAGGUUCUGAAUUUAAAACUGAAGAGAUGUAGGCAAUAAAGUGCUAGUUUUUGAAUAAUAGUUACAGUUAAAGGCCACUGUUAGUUACAAUGCAACAACCCCUUCUGCCAAGACUAGAUUCACAGUAUAAUAAGCUUUAAGUGCCUUAUUACUAUUAUGGUAAAUUAUUAAGGGUAUAAAUUGUAUACAUUUUUUAUUAAAUAAACUCAUUAAUUUCUUCCUGCUGCUUGUCACUGACAGAUAAACACUACCAAAAUGCAUUUUAUAUAUAUUAUAUAUAUAUAUAUAGUAUUAUAAUAUAGUGUUGCCAAAAUGGUUUUGUUUUUGUUGACAACCUAAGCCACACAUUUUGCAAAGUGAUUGAACAUACAAAAAAUGUUCAAACACUUCUUAAAUUCCCAAUGUUUUUUUUUUUUUUUCAUGUAUUUAUCGACUAUUAAAUCCUUUGACCAAAAAAGAAACAAAGUUUGCUUUAAUAAAGUUUCCAGCAGCAUACGUAAAGACUUCUGGUAUUGUUAAAAGGCUCUAGGAGAGAGACAGCAGAUGUCUGGGAGUAAGUGCUGUCAAAACAACUAAUCACAAUCAAAAUAAAGGUUUUUGUUUACAUAAUA